CGACACGUAAGGACUCCCUACUUCUCUCCAGUUAAGCGCCUACUCAGAAUUACGCCAGUCGGAUUUAUCAGGGUGACGCGGGCGCAUCACAGUCGUCACACGGAAGAGGAGCAUUUCGACGAUUAAACGGCAAGGUGUGUGCCAUUUGUGUUGGGGGGACCUUCAACCUGUUGGACCUGAACACAAGGGGUCCCUCAGGGUACCCCCACCUCUCAUAUUCGAUGCUUCGUAAACAUCAUGCACUGGAGCUGGUUUGGACUUGACAUUGCCCUUUAAGACCACCAAACCGCUCUUAUCCCUUCCCCCGUCACCUGACCAGCCUCCCGCCAGCCGACAUGACAAAAGUAGCAGCGUGGUCCGCCGAGGAUGUCGCCGACUGGCUGAGCAAAGAGGGCAUGCCGGAGUACAUCGACGCCCUCCACCAGACGGACGGCGCCGCCUUGCUGCGGCUCACGCGGGCGGAUUUCCACGCGCCGCCCCUCGUCCUGGUGUCCCCGGACGGCGGGCAGCAGCUGCUGGAGCGUCUGGAGACCCUGCGGAUCGAGACCCACAUCGAGGCGCACAAGAACGGCCACGCAAACGGGCACGUCGGAGGGCUUCCUAACGGGACCGUUAAGCCUCAGAAGAAUGGCAUAUUGCGGAUGGCGGACAUGGUGCGAAUUGCAAUCCCACCGAUGGAGAACUCGCGCACUUCCUUCCCGCCCGACUGGGGAAAAACUGGCGUCGCCUUCGUCUACGCGAUCGUGUGCUUCGUCACCACCACCAUUGUGAUAUCAGUGGUCCACGAGAGGGUGCCGCCAAAAGAGCACACCCCCCCGCUACCUGACAAAUUCUUUGACCUGUUCAACAGGGUGGAGUGGGCCUUCUCCAUCUGCGAGAUCAACGGCAUGCUGCUGGUGGGGCUAUGGCUCAUUCAGUGGAUGCUUCUGAAGCACAGGUCAAUCAUAGGCAGGCGCUUCUUUUUCAUUGUUGGUACACUGUAUUUAUAUCGGUGUAUUACCAUGUACAUCACCACUCUGCCUGUCCCCGGGAUGCACUUCAAAUGCUCUCCUAAGCUUCUCGGCGACUGGGAAGCGCAGAUGAGGAGAGUGAUGAAAAUGAUCGCCGGCGGGGGGCUGUCCAUCACGGGCUCACACACCAUGUGUGGAGAUUACCUGUACAGCGGGCACACGGUCAUGCUGACCCUCACAUACCUCUUCAUCAAGGAGUAUUCCCCCAGACGGUUCUGGUGGUACCACUGGCUCUGCUGGACCUUGAGCGCCGUGGGAGUCUUUUGCAUCCUCCUGGCCCACGACCACUACACUGUGGAUGUGGUGGUAGCUUACUUUAUCACUACACGCCUCUUCUGGUGGUACCACACGAUGGCCAACCAGCAAUCGUUGAAAGAGACGUCACAGAGUAACCCCUUCUCGCGGGUGUGGUGGUAUCGGCCCUUCCAGUACUUGGAGGAGAACGUCAGCGGCGUGGUGCCCCGCUCCUACCAGCUGCCGACGUGGGUGCGCAACGUGCAGUGGAAACGCGGCGUCGCGUACAGCCGGCUGGACGUCCAGUGACGCUCGCGACGCCGCGGCAGGCCAGGACUGUGAAUUCCAGAAGUGCUGUUUUUGUUUUUAAUUUUUCUUA